CACUAGGUCUUGUUUCUGCACGGAUGACAUUUUUGUCGAACACAUGGAAACCUGGUUGGUGACAGCGGAAAAAGAAUAAUCCUAACAGUGUAAAGAUGUCAGGUUUAUCAAACACCGAGCGUGUUGGACUAAAAAAGAUACUAAGCUUAAUGGAAACGUGUGACUUGUUUUCACUCAGUGAUACGGUUACAAAUAAGGUGAUAGAAGUGGAAAACGUUGCGGAGGCAAUAGAAACCAUUCUUUCCUUCUCUAAAAAUGCAGAAGAACUGCUGAAGAGAAAGAAGGUUCAGCGAGACCUUAUAUUUAAGUACCUCGCCAGCCAAGGAGUUCCAAUGCUUCCGAGCAGCGACAAACACCAGCUGGUGAGGAGAACACAGGAACUGUGGUCCUCAGCUAAGACACCUGAAAGAACCUCGAGACAGCCUAAAGCUCCUGAUUCCAAUGUCUUAAAAGCUGAGGUGGGGUUUGACCCUCUGCUUUUGGGUCAGCGAUUCUGCGAUUGGUUCUUUAAAAUGUUGAAUAGUCAGAACCCCUCGAUGGGGCAACAACCUCAAGAUUGGGGACCGCAACAUUUCUGGCCAGAUGCAAAACUUAGUCUGCUUUCCAGAGUUACUGAUGAACAAGUGGAAGAGCUUCUGGGUGCUGAGCAGGUCAGCCUCCGCCUGUUAAGCCUAACCAGGGAGGAACGCCUCUUUUUGAGUCCUAACCUGCAGCCUCAUGGCCUGAAGGCCCUUGCCUCCCCGCAUGGCUUGGUGCUGGUGGCGGUGGCUGGUACCAUUCACAGAGACAAAGCCUGUUUGGGGAUUUUUGAGCAAAUGUUUGGCCUCAUAAGCUCGCCUUUGGACGGAAACAGCUGGAAAAUAAAGUUCGUCAACAUGAAGAUCAGAGGUCAGAACGCUGUGGAAGGGAUGGAGGUGGCAGCACCAACUCUGAACUACAACUCUACUGAACUCCAGCAAUAUUCAGUUUCCUUGAUGCAUAAUUUUCCAGUUAAAAGAAAGUGGAAAUAAUUGACCUUAGCUUUUAAGUUAGAGGCUGCAUGUGUCACAGAGAGGUGGAACCUUAAGGCCACUCCUAUAAUUGAUUAUUUGUUAGCCUGUGCCUUAAAAGUUAUUGUUUAUGCUGCUAUUAAUGUUUUUUUGUAAAUAUAUAUAGAAAGAUUUAAAGCAAAACCAGUCUGUAUAUUUUAUGAAAGUGCAUUUCAUAAAAAAAUGUCUUUAAUAUAGGUGCACAGUCAUUUACAUUUUUUAAGUAUAUUUGUUAUGUCCAUCUUGUUCCCAGAAUGCUAUUUUUAUCAGUUACGUUUCCUUGUACAGAAGAGGGUAAGGUGGGCUUAAUAAAUGUGUACAGUUUUAAUCAAGCUGUCAAAACAUAUUUUCUUUAAAAUAUUUACAUUUUAAGGUGUACCUUUAUGCAAAUUCUUUUAAGGGGUCUGUUAAAGCUUUGCAGAUACUGGGGGUAAAGGACUGUGUCUUCUUCCUAUCAAACUUAAUUUUGCUUUUUCUCCAGAAUUAAACAAAUGCUGAUGCCUGUCUAGCUAACAAAGAUGUUUAAGUUAAAUAAAUCCAUUUCUAAUGCA